UGAACAUUAAGGGUUAUGUUGUACAGACAUGCUCUAAAUAUUAUUUAAGGUUAUAAAUCGCUUACUCCACCAUGGCAUCUCACCACCGUGUCUCUCUUUCUGUCUGUCUGUUGAAACAGGAAGGAAGAGAGAGACUCAAACGGCACCACUGUCAGCUCUGUGACAAAACCUACUCAACAGCUGGAGGUUUAAAGGUUCAUCUCCGCAUCCAUACUGGAGAGAGACCUUACAGCUGUGACCAAUGUGGUAAUACUUUCAAUCAGAUAUCGAACCUGAGAAAACAUCAACGCAUCCAUACUGGAGAGAGACCAUACAGCUGUGACCAAUGUGGGAAUGGUUUCAAUAGGCUGGAUACCCUGAGAAUACAUCAACGCAUCCACACUGGAGAGAAACCUUACAGCUGUGACCAAUGUGGGAGUACUUUCAAUAAAAAACACAACCUGAGAUAUCAUCAACGUAUCCAUACUGGAGAGAGACCUUACAGCUGUGAACAGUGUGGGAAAACUUUCAGUCGACUACAGAGCCUGAGAAAUCAUCAACGCAUCCAUACUGGAAAGAAACCUUACAGCUGUGACCAGUGUGGGAAUACUUUCAGUCGACUAAAGAGCCUGAGAGAUCAUCAACGUAUCCAUAUUGGAGAGAAACCUUACAGCUGUGAUCAGUGUGGAAAAACUUUUUCUUACAGUCGUAACCUUGAAGACCACCGACGCAUCCACACUGGAGAGAAGCCGUACUGGUGUGACCAAUGUGGAAAAACCUUUUCUCGGAGUUCUAACCUUAAAACUCACCAACGGGUUCACACAGGAGAGAAACCCUAUUGGAUUAAAGUUCCUGGUGUUGCCAAUGAGAAGCUGCGGGGGGCGGGGCAAAGAGUCAGCCUGCAACACAACAGAGUCCUCUUCAAACGGAAACCAGGACCAGGACCGGCAGCACACAGCGGAAUGGAGCAGAACCAGGACCCGGAGGACUCCAGUAGACCAGCAGCAGGCUCUGAUAGCACCGAUGUUCAGCGUUUCAUGGCUCAGCCAAUGAGAAGCUGCGGGGGGGCGGGGCAUAGAGUCAGCCUGAAACACAACAGAGUCCUCUUCAAACGGAAACCAGGACCAGGACCAGGACCAGCAGCAAACAGCGGAAUGGAGCAGAACCAGGACCCGGAGGACUCCAGUAGACCAGCAGCAGGCUCUGAUAGCACCGAUGUUCAGGAAGGAAGAGAGAGACUCAAACGGCACCACUGUCAGCUCUGUGACAAAACCUACUCAACAGCUGGAAGUUUAAAGGUUCAUCUCCGCAUCCACUCUGGAGAGAGACCAUACAGCUGUGACCAUUGUGGGAAUGGUUUCUAUAGGCUGGAUACCCUGAGACAACAUCAACGCAUCCACACUGGAGAGAAACCUUACAGCUGUGACCAAUGUGGGAGUACUUUCAGUCUACUACAGAGCCUGAGAAGUCAUCAACGCAUCCACACUGGAGAGAAACCUUACAGCUGUGACCAAUGUGGGAGUACUUUCAAUAAAAAACACAACCUGAGACAUCAUCAAUGCAUCCAUACUGGAGAGAAACCAUACAGCUGUGAGCAAUGUGGGAAUACUUUCAGUCUACUACAGAGCCUGAGAAAUCAUCAACGCAUCCACACUGGAGAGAAACCCUACGGCUGUGACCAAUGUGGGAAUGCUUUUAGUCGACUACAGAGCCUGAGAAGUCAUCAACGCAUCCAUACUGGAGAGAAACCUUACAGCUGUGACCAAUGUGGGAAAACUUUUUCUCACAGUGUUAGCCUUGAAUACCACCGACGCAUCCACACUGGAGAGAAGCCGUACUGGUGUGACCAAUGUGGGAAAACCUUUUCUCAGAGUUCUAACCUUAAAACUCAUCAACGUGUUCACACUGGAGAGAAACCCUAGUGGUGAGACUAAGGCAGGGAAACUUUUUCUCUGAGUGGUAGUUUUUUAGAAAAAAUAAAAGUUGUUAGAGCAUUAUUAGUAGCCUUUUUUCUUUUUAAUGUCCACAUCAUAAGAUUGCUUUAAGCCUUCAAUAAAAACAGAUUGCUCAUUGUGCAGUCGGAUUAAAGUUCCUGGUGUUGCUCUGUUCUCUUAAAGCCUCCUGCGACUCCCUCACUGUCACAGGUAGGAAACUCUUUGGGAUAGGCUCAAUGUUUGAUGUGACACUUUUGAUGCUGAACUGAACAUUUUUACCGUUGAAUUAAACGGAAAAUGUCCAGCUGGAAACCACAUCAUCCCUCAAAUUGUUCUUUGUCCUGAAUAAAUGAACCACGAGAGGAGAUGGAACACCAACUCAUGCAUAUCUAAAGCAUUAUUUGCGUGUUUUAUACCAAUAUCUACAUGUACUGAUU